AUGGCUUCAGAGAAUUUAGCCACUACUACUAUUGACCCAUGGGUCUUCAAACCCACUUCCCUCUCCGCCGAUUCUUGGUUCUCCGAUCUUCUCAACAGAGACGCAGAUUCCAUAAUUACCAAAGCCCUUCAAAAAUCCAUAGCUAAUUCUUCACCUCCUCCUGACCUAAUUCUUCACACCCAAACUCUUUCACUUCCUCAACCCUCUUCCACAACCACGACCAUGAAUAAUACUACAACUACUUCUAACACCAUCACCGGAAAGAUUUCCAAAAGAAAAUCCAGAGCCACGAAGAGAUCCAACACCACUUUCAUAACAGCCGACCCUGCUAAUUUCCGACAAAUGGUUCAGCAAGUAACCGGCGUAAGAUUCGGCUCGGCUCCUUUCUCUACAUCGACUUCGGCGCCUAUACUUAAACCUGAGCCGCAAAGAGCUUGCAGCAGCCGUUUUCCGAUCGCUAACGGUUGCCUUCCGACUCUUGACACGUCAGCGUUUUUGCUGGAUCAGCCGCCGUUGGUGCCGCUCUCUAGUUUUUCUCCGGUGAGUAUGGGAUUGGGAGGUGUUGGUGAGGUUGGAUUGGAAUUGGAGAGUUUGCCGAGUUUUCCUACUUUGGAAUCAUGGAAAGUGAUGUGAUUAUGGGAUUGGAUUAGGUUUUGUGGUGAUGAUGAUGAUGAUGAUGAUGAUCUCUGUUCUUGUAAUGUAAGCCAUGUUAGGCAGUUCGUUUGUUUUAUGUAAUUAUAUCUUAAUUAUCUUCUUAUUUUAACCUUUUGAUGUAUUUUUUUUUCCUUUGAUUAGUAAGUAAACAAAUGUUUAGAAA